AUUUGCAAAGUAAAUAAACCACUUUGCUCCUUUUUUACGUUUUUGUAAACAUUUUUUUUAAUAUAAUAAAUCCUUAUUUUAAAGUAAAUUCUUGUGCUAAAGCGCAGCCAAACAAUAUAAGUGCGAGUUAAAGAGCAAUUUGUAUAGUUAAGGUCUACCAUGCCUCAGUCAUAUGACACUAUAGUCAUAGGACUGGGUUCAGCCGGCACCACAGCUGCGUCUACGUUAGCCAGAGCUGGCAGACGAGUGCUGGCUUUGGAAGCGCAAGACAGAAUCGGUGGAAGGGUGUGGACUGUGCCCUUUGGAGACGGAUUAGUGGAGGUUGGAGCCGAAUGGAUCCAUGGGACAGGUCUCAGCAGAGUCUACGAGACUGCGUUAAAAAACAACAUAUCAGUGGUGCCCCAGGACUUAACCUUCAAUGUAUACCAGUCAGAUGGCAGUCGAGCCAACAAUGUACUGGUCAAUGAACUGUUGGAAUUUUGCUUAGAGGCUGUGGAGCACCCUCCAGAGAAACCUGAGACAUUGGGGAAGUUCCUUACUAGACAAUUAAUGGACUAUCUAAAAGAAAAGCAUCCAGAGGUACUCCAAAACCAGGAUUUCCUGGACGAAUUCCUGGAAUUGAUGAACCUGAUCAUGAACAACUAUGAGGCUUCCAACGACUGGAAUGAUGUUAGUGCACAGACAAAUUACGCUGAGUUAGCUGGUCAUCAACACAUGAGCUGGCACCGAUAUGGAUAUAAGACCUUCUUUGACAUACUGUUGAACAGAUACAACAAUGGUCCAGGUUGGCCAACCUUAGAAAUUAAACUGAACACAGAGGUGAUAAAAAUAAAAUGGCCGAAAAACUCGAUGGGUAAAGUGCAGGUUGUCUGCAAAGAUGGCACCGUAUAUACAGCUGAUAAUGUCAUAGUUACCGUUUCUGUUGGAGUGUUGAAAGAAAGACAUACAAAUCUAUUCGACCCGCCACUACCACAAAAUAAAAUACAGUCCAUAGAAAAUAUCCCCAUGGGUGUAAUGGACAAAAUCAUUUUGAGCUUCGACGACAUUGGGUUACCGAAUGGGACAUUUUUUGGGUUUUUAUGGAGGGGGGAGGAAAAGAGGAAAGUUAGUAAGGAGGAUUUUUGGACGACUAGGAUUUUCGGGUGCAGUACGCCUAUGGGUUCGAAAACAGCACUAACUUUUUGGACUAGCGGCGAAGUUGGUAAAUUGGUAGAAACGUUACCUGAGGACGUAGUUAAGAGGAAAGUGAUGGAACUCUUGAGGAAGUUUAUGGGAAAAAUUGUAACUAUAUCAGAACCGACUGGUAUGAUAAGAUCGACCUGGUAUUCGAACCCGUUCACCCGUGGCAGCUAUACAUACGACAACCUCGUAGUCACCCAGUACCCAGACGCUCGAGCGAACCUGGCGGAGCCCUUGCGAGAUGCGGCCGGGAGCCCUAGAGUCCUAUUCGCGGGUGAAGCGACAGACUCCACGCACUUCUCUACAGUUCACGGCGCAAGUGAUUCUGGGUACAGGGAAGCACAGCGGUUACUGCCCGGCAGUAAAGUUUAAAGUGUGUUGAAGAGAAUUCUAAAGUAACCUAAUCUUUUGAAGUGAAAUCUAAAGUAAACUAAUUUUUUUGGAGUGAAAUCUAAAGUAACCUAAUUUUUUUGAAGUGAAAUUUAAAGAAACCUAACCUUAUUGAAGUGAAAUAUAAAGUAACCUAACCUUUUUGAAGUGAACCUAAGCUAACCUAACCUUUUUUAAGUGAAAUCUAAAGUAACAUAACCUUUUUGAAGCAAAAUCUACUGUAACCUAACCUUUUUGAAGUGAAAUCUAAAGUAAAUUAACCUUUUGAAGCCAAAUCUAAAGUAACCUAACUCUUUGAAGCCAAAUCUAAAGUUACCUAACCUUUUGAAUCCAAAUCUAAAGUAACCUAACUUUUUGAAGCCAAAUCUAA